UGUUUUUUUCAUUCAUUCGUGGGAACGUAUUUCACUCUGUACAUAUGAAUCAUAAAUGUCACAUGACCGAAUCGUUCUUUCGAAAACAGAACCCUGGGAAUCCCAGAUAGUUGAUACUUACAUAAUUUAUUUUUAUUUUUAUUAUUAAUAUUAAAUGUGUUUGUAGGGUUCGGCUUCUUUCUUUCUUCAUCAUUCCUUUCUUCCUUCCUUCGAUCAUCUAUCCAUCCUUGUUUAUCCAUGCCUCCUUCUAUCUAUCUGUCCUUUCUUUCAUCUAUCUAUCUAGCUAGCUAGCUAUCCUUUCUUCCAUCCUCUCUUUGUUUGUUUUUGUAGAUAGAAGGCGGGAAAAUGAAACGAUCUCUUAAAUGCAACCGCAAUUGGAUAAAAAAAAAGAUCGCCAAAUUCUGACUGAGGUAUUUUUUUCCAUACGUUGUUUGUCUUUUUUUCAAUCAAAUGGUUUUACGAUUUCACUGCAGUAUUUCCUGGUACCCUCAAGCUCAGCUUUCCCCAAACACAAACACCAACACCUGCUAUUGUAUCUCCACGCUACUGGAUCUGUGCUUCUCGAAGCCAUGCGACACCUGUAGCUCAGGACAUUUCAACUUUGAUCCAUCACCAAGAAUCCUGCAGCUCGCACAACCUCGACAAUCAAACAUGAUGUGGCUUAAAAAAAACGAGAAGGUGACUUGGGGAAACCAGGAGUCGAUAUGGUCCCCGUCUUGUGCCGCGUUAAAAGCCGUCCCGACGUCUAGGAUCCUGGUUCUGUCGCAACCCAAAAAAGAUUUCUCUACCCCCCAUCAAGACCUGCUUAGCCCCCCUCACACAAAGCAAUGUGAGCACAGCUGUCCUGUAUGGCACAUCAGCCCAGCAGUAAGAAAUGCUGUUGCUUCUCCUCGCAUUCUUCAGCUUGCAAAACCCAGACCCACACACCCUGAGUACAAGACUAACCACCAGACCGUAGAAACACGCAUCUCAUGUGCAGCGAAAACGGCUCACGCGAGUCCGAGACUCGAGCAGUUGUGUGUGCCCAGAGUGCGCAAGAGCAAACUCUUCUACCAGCUUGGCCAUCCUGAGAGCCCCAUCAGGCCUGUGUCUAAAGGAGCAAAAAAUGCUACAGCAAGUAGUCGUGUGAAAGAGCUCUCCAUCCCGAGGAGGUAUGUCCCUCCCUGAAAACAAGAAAUGAAGAGACUGAGACCUUACAAACUCCUUGGUGUUACUUUUACAUGGUAUAAGUACAAAGAAAAAAGCAAGAAAACAAGAGUAUCAGAUGGACUGAUUAAAUGACCACAAUAAAAAAAA